AUGAUUCUUCUAAUCCUUCUAUUCCUGCUGCCACGUGGCAUUGGCACACUGCCCAUCGAGCAAAAAGAGCCAAAAACGUUGUUUUUGGAGCCAGGACCCAGGCGAUUCGAUAGGCUGAUCAGUUCAGUCGCCAGGAAAAUUGGUGAGAGCGACAUUAUCAAUCCAUCGGUCUGCCCGUCCUCUUGUGAGCAUCUACACCAGGCGAUUCCAUAUGUUCAAAAUCACACGGAUGCCAAUUUUAGUAUCAAAGAGUGCUCAUGCAUUUGCCCUAUGCUCCGACCCGCUUAUGUGAGCACUGUUGGUGGAUGUGUCGAAAGGCUUAACGAAUGCCCGAAUACAAUCCGCUGGAAAUCGAUCAAUUCGGCGAUUCCAGUUGUCCAGCUCCGCCCACAUACCAUAAUCCUUCCCGACGUGGAUUUGGACUUCAGAAGCGCCGGAAUUCGAACGUCUUCUCGUGGAGCCGAUGAAUGGAAUUGUUCGAUUCGGAAGAUUUUAUACGAGAAUUUGAAUACGAAAUGGAGAGCCAUCGCCAAGGAAAGAGGACUUUUUCAGUUGACGAGUUCUGGUGGGAAACCUAUUGUUUAUUUCGGCGGCACCGAAUUCGAUGCUCAAUUCUUGUCAGGAGCCAUAGUAAUGAUAAAAAUGGACUGUCGAACGUUUGCCACGUCAUCAGACUCUCCAUUUUGUAUUUCUCUCCGAAUUGCGGGUUCUUCAGGAACUUCAUCUAACUUCGACCACAAACAGUUCGAUAUGGAAGAGACUGGGUGGCGAGUCGAAUCCAUCUACUUUCUGGUCGUAAUUGCCCUAAUUAUCGUGGUAAUUAUCAUCACUUUCAUCGUUUGGAACGUUUGUUGGAGUAUGAAGAAACGGAAGUUAAUCAGUGAUUUUCAAAUGCAAUUCGUUCAACAGUAUAAGCAUCAACAUCAUACCCUCCCCCCUCAUAUGCCAGAAUUCGAGGAAAUCGAUGAUCAGGAAAUCCUUCAAUCUCAAUCACACUCUUUAAAUCGAAAACGGCUGAUUUUUAGUUCCGAAUAUUUUGAUCCCGCCCAAAUGACACAUCCAUCAGCUCUAGCCAUCCAAUUCUUGUAUGAUCUUCGUCGAGUUGUGGACAUUGCAAAGGAGCGAAUUCGUCAGAGGCGAUUCAUUCCAGCACUUCCGAUUAUUCUAGAAGACGUGGUGAAUGAAGUGGAUUAUGAAGACGCGCCGAAACGACAGACAACGUCUUCUGAAGAGAAUCUCUCGGAGACUCCAGAAUCAUCGCCACGUAGUGAGCAGAAGUCAGUGGAUAGUGGGAGGGAAUCACGAGAGGAUUCAGAAGAGGAUGGGGAGGAAGAGGAAAGAGUAGAGGAAGAGAAGCAAAUGGAGAUACAAACGCCGACGAAGGUUUCCGAUAUUGUUAAGUCUUUCGAAAAGUCCUCUAACAACAAACCGCCACUACCACCAUCUCUGAACCGCCCAUCCUAUGUCCCAAUUAUGCUCAAUUCGUCAAUUCGAAAAAAGAAACAACCACUUACGAUGACAUCCACCACAACAUCCGUCGAACAGCCACCAGAGCCAGCGUUUCGAAGCCGAAUAAAAGCGCCGACAGCUUUUACUGAUAGGAGGAGUCCCCGAGAACGAAAAGGGUACGCCGUAUUCCCAUCGGAUGGCACAUUCAACAAAUCACUGCCACGACGAGGAAAACGAUUCUCCAAUAGCCAACAGACACCUGCUAAUUGA